AUGGUAGGACUAGCAAAUUACAUUAACGGAGAUGGAAGCCUCAGGUUGGUGCAUUUUGGUGCUUCCUGGUCAGAGGCGUGUAAACAGCUUGAUACCAUUUUAAAUGAGCUGAGUGAAGAAUUGAAAUGUUUUAAAGUAGCUUUCAUUGACGCUGAAAGCAUCCCAGAUGUAGCUGUUGCGUAUCAGGUCACAGCAGCACCAACUCUAGUAUUUUUUAAGGGUGGGAAAGAGGUGGAUCGUCAUAAUGGAUUUAAUCCUUCUGAAAUAAGAAAUAAGAUCGUGAAGCUUUCUUUUACGGAGGACAAAUCGGGAAAGGAUUUAAAUAAAAGGCUCGAAAGUUUGAUCAAAACUGCACGUUUAAUGCUUUUUAUGAAAGGCGAUCCAGCGGCACCGAAAUGCAAAUUUUCACGUCAAAUGGUUGAUCUUCUUAAUGAAUUAAAGGCUGACUACAAAUCGUUUGAUAUACUGGAAGACGAAGAAGUUCGACAAGGUUUAAAGGUGUAUAGCAACUGGCCAACAUAUCCCCAGCUUUAUUUGGAUGGUGAGCUACUGGGUGGUUUAGACGUAAUUCGAGAAGAAAUUAAAGAUUCUGAUUUUGUCAAGAAGUUGCCAAAACGUGAAAGCGCGUAA